AUGUCUUCAAGCGCACCGGCCAACCGCGACGACCACAUUGCGCAGCUUGUAGGCCUUGCUGGUGUAGCGCCCGCAGAGGCAAAGCGAUAUCUCGACGCCGCCAACGGUGACCUCCAAGUCGCCGCCGAACUCUUCUACGAGCAGUCCACGGAGCAGGAACAGGCACCAGACACGGACAUGGCCGGCAACGACCAGACCACAAGUCCCCCCAACCCGCCCCAGCAGCCGGUCCCGGGCGGCGGCCGCACUCUCGCAGGCGCAUACGUACCGCCGACGGAAGCCUCGUCGUCGUCUUCGUCGGCGCCGCAGCAGCGAGGCGUGGCCGGGUUGCGGACGCUCAAGGACCUGCAGUCCACAGGCGGCGGACACGGACACGCCCACGACGACGACUCGGAUGAGGACGCCAAGGACGACGAGAACCAGGACUUCUUCGCCGGCGGGGAGAAGUCGGGCCUCGCUGUCCAGAACCCCAACCAAGCCAACCCUCGCGACCACAUCAACAACAUCCUGAAGAGGGCGCGGCAGAAUGCGCCCCGGCCUGGUGGCGACGACGAGCAACCGACCUCGCGCUUCACCGGCAGCGGGACCACGCUCGGAGGCGACGAUGCGCCCUCGCGACACGUCCCAGAUCCCAACGCCACCCAGCCUGCACCUCAGCCGCGUGCUCACCGCGAGCUCCACCUCUGGCGCGACGGCUUCUCCGUCGACGAUGGAGCGCUCUUCCGCUACGACGACCCAGCCAACGCACGCACGCUGGAGAUGAUCAACACGGGCCAUGCUCCGCUUCACAUCCUGAACGUCGAGCAUGGACAGGAGGUCGAUGUCGAGGUACACGCGCACAAGGACGAGGACUACAAGCAGCCCAAGAAGAAGUACGUUCCCUUUGCUGGUUCCGGCCAGCGACUUGGUAGCCCAACACCGGGCGUAAGCACCUCGGCUGCACCUGCUGCGGCCUCUUCCAGUACGACGGCUGCACCAGCCUCGACUGGCUCCGCGCAACCUACCGUUGACGUCGACACUUCCGCGCCCACCGUCACACUGCAGAUUCGACUUGGCGAUGGCACGCGCAUGCAGUCGCGCUUCAACACGACGCACACCGUUGGCCAUGUCUACAGCUUCGUGGACCGGGCCAGUCCUGACAGCCAGUCGCGCGCAUAUGCACUCAUGACGACGUUCCCUUCCAAGGAGCUCACAGACAAGGCUCAGGUGCUGGGCGACAUGGCCGAGUUCAAGCGCGGAGGUGUGGUGGUGCAGAAAUGGAAAUAA